CACACACUCCCACACUGGUGAGUGUUUUCUUCCCAACACUUAAAAAAAAAAAAAAGAAAAAAGAAUCAGCCCUAAACUGAAGCCCCGAAACCGCCCCGCCCCAUGACAUAAACCCUAACUCCGCUUCUUCAUUUCAUCUCUGUAAGUUUAUUUCUUCGUCUUCCUCGCAUGAAUUUCCUAGUUUUAUGUUUAUGCCCGUUCGUUGCGAUGAUUUUAUUUGGGUAUUUUUGAGAUCCGAGGUCCGAAAAUUACUCGUGGGUGCGGUGGUUAUUGAUCCAAUUUUGAGAAUUAGGGCUGGUUUUUUGUUAGUUAUUAAAUUUCUCUUCAUCAUGACCCGAUUUUAAUUCUCGAAUCGGGUUUCGGGUACGGGCUCAUGCAGACUGCAAUUUAAUCCUAGCUGGUUUGGUUGUUUUUUAUUUUUUUAUUUUUUUAUUUAUUUGCAUUUCCUCUGUGUAUUUGAUUUUGAUUUUGGUUUGUCUGGAGCUGAUGUUUCUUGUAGCCGUUAUGCUUUUUUUUUUUUAAAAAAAAAAAGUAAGGAACUUGUGAUUGUAAUAUCGUAUGGAGAUUAUUAGAAUUUAAUGGUUAGGAAUUUUUGAUCUUGAUGGCGAAAAUGUUUAUUAGUACUGAGUGUUGGCUUAUCUGACCGCAGGGCACAAAUUUCAGGGGUUUUAAGUUUCUUUGGAUUAUUAAGUCAUGGAGAUGCAGGAAGAAGCUGUGAUAGUGAACUCUAGUAGAUUGAAAUCUUUGGUGUGGAAUGAUUUUGAUCGGGUGAAAAAGGGGGAUAGCAUGGUGGCAAUUUGUCGUCAUUGUAAGAGGAAGCUUUGUGGUUCAAGCACUAGUGGCACUUCGCAUUUAAGAAAUCAUUUGAUCAGAUGUCAAAGGGGCUCAAAUCUUGAGGUCACCCCCUUGUUAACAAAAGGAAAAAGAAAGGAUGGGACACUUGCUGUUGCAAGUCUUACUUUUGGGGAAGAGCAGAGAAGGGGUGAACCCUUUAGCACAGUGAAUACCAAAAUUGGGCGUGUGAAUAGAAAUGAGGAUGAUGUUAAUGUUGGGGGUAUUAGUUUUGAUCAUAAACGGAGUCGGCUUGAUCUUGCUCGUAUGAUCAUACAGCAUAGAUAUUCUUUGAAAAUGGUUGAGCAUUUUGGGUUCAGGAUAUUUGUUAGAAAUCUUCAGCCUUUGUUCGACCUGGUGACACUUGAUAAAGUUGAGGCUGAUUGCAAGGAAAUUUAUCAAUUAGAGAAGCAGAAGGUGCAUGAAGAGCUGAAAAAACUGCCUGGAAAAGUUAGCCUCUUUGCUGAUACUUGGGAUGCUAAUGGUGAUGCAAAGUAUCUUUCAUUAACCGCACAUUUCAUUGACAACAGCUGGCAAUUGAAAAGGAAGAUUCUCAGCCUUCUGAUGAUUGAUCCUUCUCAAACAAAAGACCUUCUUUGUGAAACUAUUAUGACAAGUCUAAGAAAGUGGGAUAUUGACAGGAAGUUGUUUUCUAUGACAUUUGAUAACCACUCCAGUCAUGAUGACAUUGUUCGUACAAUCAGGGACCAAUUAUGUGAGCAGCGAGUUUUGGUCUGCAAUGGCCAGAUGUUUGAUGUACGUUGUGCAGCAAAUGUUGUUAAGCUAAUGGCUCAGGAUGCUCUAGAUACGUCUUUUGAAAUUACUGAGAAAUUCAGGGAAUGCAUCCGUUAUGUCAAGAGUUCGCAAGCAGCACAAGAUAAGUUCAAUGAGGUGGUUCAAAUAGCUGGAGUUGAUAGUCAGAAAUGUUUGUGUCUAGAUAAUCCAUUGCAAUGGAAUUCUACAUAUAUCAUGCUUGACGCUUUAAUGGAAUAUCGAAGUGCGUUUGUUCUUCUUCCAGAACAUGACCCUCUUUACACAAUUUGCCCAUCCUACAAAGAAUGGGAUAGAGGAAGUGCCAUUACUAGUUUCUUAAAGCUCUUUGUUGAAGUUUCUAAUGUUUUUGUGGGAAACAAGUUUUGUACUGCGAAUAUAUACUUUACAGAGAUUUGUGAUAUACAUCUGCAGCUGAUUGACUGGUGCCAAAAUCCAGAUGAUUUUAUCAGUUGCUUGGCAUUGAAAAUGAAAACAAGAUUUGAUGAGUACUGGAAGAAGUGCAGCCUGGCUUUGGCAAUUGCAGCCAUCUUGGAUCCCCGCUUCAAGAUGAAACUAGUGGAAUAUUACUAUCCUCAAAUAUAUGGCAGUACUUGCCAAGAUUGUAUUCAAAUUGUUUCCAACUGUAUGAAGGCUCUGUACAAUGGCCACGCCCCCCAGUCAGCUUCUCAAGGUCAAGGACAGCUUGGCAGUGGUGCAAACGGUGAAUCUAGAAGCAGGCUUGCAGGCUUUGACAAAUUUGUUAUGGAAACUUCACAGAAUCCAAGUGUAAAAUCGGACUUGGACAAGUACUUAGAGGAACCACUAUUUCCUCGCAAUGCUGAUUUCAAUAUCCUAAACUGGUGGAAAGCUCACACUCCAAGAUAUCCAACAUUAUCGACAAUGGCACGGAAUAUUUUAGGAAUUCCACUGUCAAAAGUCUCAAUGGAUUCCUUGUUCAGCACUGGUGACAAGGUUAUUGAUCAAUCCUGGAGUUCACUUCGACCUGAUACUCUCCAAGCCUUGCUGUGCACCCAGGACUGGAUUUGCAGCGAGUUAGAAGGUUCUUAAUAGUGCUUCAGCUAGGCUUCCUCCAUUUAUCCGGAACCAAGGUAGGGCGAAUUGCAGAUAGUAGUUCUCAUUCUGUAAAAGUUCUGUUACAUAAUUUUGUAUAGUUACCCUCAGAGUGAGAGGACUGAGGAGAUCCUCUGUUUCAAUCUGUGUAUGGGUUGUGUUUCUUUAGUAAAAAUGUCUUUGGUUCGUUUGUUGUUAACUGGUUGGUGAUGGCCAAAAGUAGCAGUAACAACCUUACAUUCUAACUUGCUAUUUCUCUCCUCCCUGGAUGAUGUGUUUUUCUCAAAUGCUUUUUUGAAGCCAAUUUUAUACCUCCUUUGUCCAUUGGAAUUCGGAUCAGUUAUGUUUCAGUGUUCUAAAUUCUAAACACCAUUGAAUUUGUAUGUUCCACCAAACAAGGAGUACGCGAGUGUAAAUAUGCUGCCCAUUAUUUUGGGUGGGGUUAGUCAUCCGCCGAUUUUUUAGCCAGUAUUGAUUACAGUUUGGG